UUUAACCGGUUCCCCCGAAACGUCAAGGAAGGGAAAGAACAACGACGAACGCCUUAAUGACAGGCAAUUGUCAAGGAUUCGUUCGAUAUUUUGAUAGUUUCAGAAAGCGUUCCGUGAGAUGGAAUUGAGGGCUCGAUUUUUGCACGAAUAUUUAUUCCGUAUUCUAUCGUACAAUAAUUUAUCAAUUGACGAUAUAAUACUAAUGAAUUAAUAAAUUAGCUAUAGGUUAUAGAAGAGUAAUCGAUAUCGCAAGAAAAUAUAAUAAAUUUAUUAUUUUGUUUGAAAAUGUUCAUGCGCUUAAUGUAAAAUAAUUUAUUAAUACGAGUUAUUAUUUUCUACUUAUAUUUCAAAGCAACGUUCAAGUCGGAGCAGACAGCGGUGUGUGGGAAUAAAAGGUUUGAAACAACUCAUGACGUUUCUAGACCUUUUAAAAAACUACUCAAUAAAGGCCGACCUUGCACUCGAUUGAACUCUUUCGUCUGUUUCGCUGCGAGAACAUUAUUUGGAACGCAUAUGGAGUGUGCUGUCUGACCCUAGCGGAAGAAUCUCCUUUGAAACGCACUGCGCAGCCAAUCUGCGCAAGUGGUGAGUUGUUAUUAGCGCGCCUCGACAGACGCAGUCAGUUGGCCAGAGACUCGCGACCGUGACGGAUCUUUCGAAUGUUUAUUUCGAUUAUGUUUAACGCACGUGACAUGAAGCACGAAAACCAACCGUUUUAAGUUUGGUCCACGUGUUCUCUACGCUCGUGUACAAAUCAUUCCAAUUGUCAUCAUGGGAAUAAAAAGCUUAAGGGACGUCCGCAGCUUUUUGUUGCUGUUGGCUGCAGUAACGAGCACAAGUGCGACAAAAUGUAGCAGACUCAUAGACGGCACAACGAUGCCUCGUUCCAGUGCGGAAGAGAAAUACCACCUGUUUAUCACCUUGUUCAAUCGAUCGGAUAUGGUCUUCUCCUAUAUGCCAAAUACCAAAUACACUGUGACAUUGCAAGCAGACAGUACGGAUAUCAUGCCAAGAAAAUUCACUAGGUUUUUGAUAUCCGCCGAGCCCGAAAAAGAAGACGACGCGGCAGAGAGUGGCAUCUUCGAUUUGCAAGACGAGUUGUUGACAACAUACUCGGAAAGUUGUCCGAACGCCGUGGUGGAGACCUCGAAGAUGUCCAAAGAAGAGAUUUCUGUGGCCUGGACCAGCCCUUCCGAAGGUAGCGGUUGCAUAUUUAUCAGGGCAACGAUAUUGGAGACGCCAGAUACAUGGUACAUGGAUGAUCAGAACUUAGUGCUAAAGAUAUGUCAAGACUCGAGAGCCGAGGCGGACGACCAGGGGCAGGUUCUGAAAAAGUGCUGCGCCUGCGACGAGGCGAAGUACGAAGUUACUUUCGAGGGACUUUGGUCUAGAAAUACUCAUCCUAAGGACUUUCCUAGUAAAGGAUGGCUCAUUCGAUUUUCAGACGUAAUUGGAGCAUCGCAUACGGUUGAUUAUAGAUUUUGGAAAUACGAUGGUCUAGCUAGUCCUGGGUUGCAACAACUGGCUGAACUUGGAUCGACCAGGAAAUUAGAAUCCGAAUUAAAGAGUCAAAGUAAAAAGAUCAGAACUAUAAUUAAAGCCAGAGGAAUAAGUUAUCCCAAUGUGACUGGGAAAACUUUUGCAGUAUUCCGUGUUGAUCGGGAACAUCACCUGAUGUCUUUGGUGUCGAUGAUCGAUCCUUCGCCGGACUGGAUCGUCGGAGUUUCAGGUUUGGAAUUGUGCUUGGAUAGUUGCACUUGGAUCGAACACAAAGAACUGAAUUUGUACCCUUACGAUGCGGGCACUGAUAAUGGAAUCACGUAUUUGUCACCGGAUUCGCCAACUGAGCCUCAAGAACCCAUCCGUAGGAUAACUUCGAGCUACCCAAACGACUCCAAGUCUCCGUUUUACGAUCCUUCCGGUUUAGAUAUGAAACCGCUUGCCAGGCUUUACUUGAACAGACAGAGGCUUUACGAGAAAGCCUGCAAGAAUGCGUCAGAAGAUGCGCCAUCGUCCACAGAUACGGGAGCCUGCAAAGUGACAGCAUGGCGCAACUGGACUGCAUGUUCGACAGCGUGCGGUCGUGGCACUCAACUCAGACAAAGAUAUUACGAGAACGAAGCUGCAGCGGCCGCGAACAAGUGCAACGUCUCGCUAAGUGACAGGCGUCAAUGUCUUGGACACGAUUGCAAUGGAGAGCGAAGAUCGGUGAAAGGAUGCAGCGAGUCCGAAGUACUACACGAAUGGAGUGACUGGAGUGAAUGCUCGACGACCUGCGGCCGCGGAAUCAGGACCAGAACAAGGGCUUUCAAGAACAAGAAAUAUAAACAGUGCAAAGCCUUCUAUAGCGACCAACAACUUCAACAAACCGACCAUUGCACGAAUUCUGAGUGCGAUGAAAAGAAUGGAGAGGAGAAAUGCAUCGAAGAGCGUUACAUGCAAUGGUCCCUGUGGUCACCCUGCAGUUCUAGCUGCGGUAGCGGUACCCAAACGAGAUUUAGAAUGACCCAUGAGAAUUGGAAACGCCAUGAUGACGUGGAUCCUACAGAAUGUAGGCACGAGGCGGUUCCUUGUCAAGCUAAGAUUGCAUCAUGUAACUUCACGAAAGAAGAGGCAGAAGAAUUUUGCAAGAAACCGAAGGAAGAAGGACGAUGCAACGGCAACAUCAUUCGUUGGUAUUUCGACAAAGAGAAGGGAUGUAAAUCGUUCAAGUAUUCCGGCUGCGAUGGAAAUGAAAAUAAUUUUCCAACUGAACAAGAUUGCAAAAAAGUUUGCGAUAGCUAUCAGAAAGAUUUAAGGACUAACUUAUCGACUAUGGCGAAAAACUAUAAGGUAUCCCUCAGCAGCGUUCUCAGCUAUCACAUACCUGCACAGGGGCAACGCAGUACGAAGACAAAGCGAGCACACCAUGAGAAAUUAAAGUUCAGAGGUAUAGAAGCAGACAGUCAAAUGAAAUCGUCUUAUAACGCGGAAGAUGUCGACUGUCAGGUAUCCGAAUGGAGUAGUUGGUCUAAGUGUGCAGGAUGUCGUGGAUAUAAAAAUAGUACAAGAGAAAUUAAGGUACCACAUAGAGGUAAAGGUAAACGAUGUCCAACAAAAUUACAUCGUAAAAGAAAAUGUCGUAAAGAUCCAUUGUGUUCCUUGCAAGCUGAUGUUCCAAGACGACGUAUAUACCGUGACCAAAGUUUGAAGGUAGAAGAAAAUCAAAUUUCAGUUGACUGUAAAACGACACAGUGGUCUAGAUGGUCACGUUGUACAGCCACUUGUGGAGAAACAGCACAACACAGGACAAGAAUGGUCAAAGUUCAACCUUUCGGUCCAAGAGGCAAACUUUGCCCUUCUCUGGUAGAGUACAGAAAAUGUUAUACAGGGAAAUGUCCAUAAUAAUGUUCAUCCAUACUUUUUACAUAUCCAUUUUUUAUUUUAUUUCUUUGUCUUUAAAUGCAUUUGAAUCUGAAAUUUUAUUUAUGUAUCAUUAAAUCAAGCAUAAUAGAGAUUUGACAUGAAAUAGAGUUUUUGCAAUUAUAAUACAUAAUAAAAUAUUACAAUCUCUUGACGUGAUAUAUUUUCCAAAAAUUUAUGGUACUAUAAAUAAGAACCGACAAUCAAUACCUAUUAGAUAUCACCUGAUUAUAUUAUAUGUUACAAUAUUAGUUUUGAGGAUGCUUGAUGCAUUGAUACAUAAUAUUUUAAAAUCGAAUUUGUUUAAUUUUUUAUCGCUUUUAUUGCAAGAUUUAAAAUAAAAAAGUGUUCAAAACCGAAAUUAUAUUCUGAUAAACAUGUUGGAAGGUAUAUAUGAAUUAGCAGUAAAUCAAAUAUGCAUCGAAAAAAUUCCUUUAUUUAUUGAUAAAUAGAAGAUAUUUAUGAUAAAUAUUAAAAUCAAAUUAUUGUAAUACAACGCACAUAAUAUCGUGCUACAAUUCUUGUCUACCUUUUGUUUUAAUUCUUUUCAGUUAUUCAAUAUUGAAAAAUAAUAACAAAUCGCUAUAAACUACAUAUAUGGAAUACUUCAUAUAUUAUGCAUAUGUGAUAUGAGUAAUUGUAAUAUAUAAUUACACAUAUAUUGCAUAUGAGUUUACAUAUAGUAAGUAAUUCUUUCAGUCAAAAAAACCGCAUUCCAAUUAUUCAUAAAAAAUAUGUUCAAAAAAACAAAUACAAAAAGAAAAAAUACAAUUUAUGCGAAAAAAUAUGUAGUAAAUCGAUAUUUAAAUUAUUAUUAAAAAAUGUACCGUUUUUCAAAUAUUUUAAAAGCCAAUCUAUGUAUAGUAGCAAUAAAUAUGUUUAUCUGUACAAGUAUUAUUAUAAAAUAUA